GGUACCACCGGAGAGCAUCCAACAUUCCGACGGUUGCGGGAAGAUGAAAGUGCGCAGCUGACUAACACGCUUCGUAUCUUUCUCUUGUAGCUAUCCUCUUUCAUUCAACUUAUCAUGAAAGCUCUUCAAGAAAUGUUCUCUCUCUCUCUCUCUAUAUCCUAUUUCCACUAACGUGAAAGCUCUGCAAACAAGAAAAGUACCCUCUCUCUGUAUAUAUCCUCCUUCCACCGCCAUGAAAUUUCUGUAAGAAGGAUUCUCUCUCUCUCUCUCUCUCUCUCUCUCUCUCUCUCUCUCCAAAGUCUGUGAAGAAAGAAAAACGACCAACCUCCCAAAUGGGCCUAUGUUUCACAAAAGGCCGUGAAAUACCAAUCUCCUCUUCUUCUGAAGCCUCACCAUCACACCAUCUACACUCACCCAACAAUAUGCAAAGACCCCAAAAACGCCCUCCUCGCUCUUUGUCUCGGCACAGCAGCUCCAUCCUCUCAAAACCCAUGUCAGACGUGACCUCCUUCUACACACUCGAAAGAGAGCUCGGCCGAGGCCAGUUUGGCAUCACUUAUCUCUGUACCGAGAAAUCCACGGGCCUUAAAUUCGCAUGCAAGUCCAUACCCAAACGGAAGCUCAUUGCCAGGAGUGACGUUGAAGACGUCCGGAGAGAGAUUCUUAUAAUGCAACAUCUCACUGGCCAGCCCAACAUCGUCGAAUUGAAGGGCAUGUACGAGGACGGCCGGAACUUGCAUUUGGUGAUGGAGCUGUGCUCUGGUGGCGAGCUUUUCGAUCGAAUCAUUGCCAAGGGGAGUUACUCGGAGCGGGCUGCCGCGGCAAUCGGACGGGCCAUCGUUAACGUGGUCCAUGUUUGUCACUUUAUGGGAGUUAUGCAUCGGGAUUUGAAGCCGGAGAAUUUCCUGUUGGUGAGCAAUGAGGAGGAUUCAACUCUCAAGGCAACGGAUUUCGGGCUCUCCGUAUUCAUCGAAGAAGGGAAAGUUUACCGGGAUAUGGUAGGCAGUGCUUACUAUGUAGCUCCAGAGGUAUUGCACCGAAACUAUGGGAAGGAAAUCGAUGUCUGGAGUGCCGGAGUCAUCUUAUAUAUUCUUCUAAGUGGCGUUCCCCCCUUCUGGGCUGAGACCGAGAAAGGUAUAUUUGAUGCCAUCUUAAAAGGUGAGAUUGACUUCAAAAGUGAGCCGUGGCCUUCUAUAUCUGAUGUUGCAAAGGAUCUCAUCAGGAAGAUGUUAACACCAGACCCAAGGCAAAGAAUUACUGCUGCCCAAGUCCUUGAGCACCCAUGGAUGAGAGAAGACGGUGAAGCAUCUGACAGACCUAUCGACAGUGCAGUGCUAACUAGGAUGAAGCAAUUCAGGGCAAUGAACAAGCUCAAGAAACUUGCCUUAAAGGUCAUUGCCGAGAAUCUCUCGGACGAGGAAAUCAAGGGUCUGAAACAAAUGUUCAACAACAUGGACACUGAUCAGAGUGGUACAAUUACCUAUGAAGAGUUGAAGACUGGGCUGUCUAAGCUAGGAUCAAAGCUUACUGAAUCAGAAGUGAAACAGUUGCUUGACGCGGCUGAUGUCGACAAAAAUGGGAGCAUUGAUUACAUUGAAUUUGUCACUGCAACUAUGCAUCGACAUAGGCUAGAAAGAGAAGAGAACUUGUUCAAGGCUUUUCAGUUCUUUGAUAUUGAUAAAAGUGGGUUCAUCACAAGAGAUGAACUGAAACAAGCACUGACUGAAUAUGGAAUGGGUGAUGAAGUGACGAUCAAUGAAGUUAUCAAUGACGUUGACACAGAUCAUGAUGGGAGGAUUAACUACGAGGAAUUUGUUGCCAUGAUGAAGAAAGGAAAUCAGGAUCCCCCUCCGGAAGCAAAACAUAAACCGCCUGAGUUGCUCAUAUGAAUAUAAUUUCGUAAAAAAUGCCAACCACUCGAUCAACAGCUGCAUAUUGACCAUAAACAUUAGGAUUUUUUAGGUUGAUCAUAUACAUCCUGUAGGAUCUUGUG